AGACGCUCUCCGUUCGCUCAAUCAUUCAGUCCAGAUUCACUUGUUCCGCGAUUUGGUUGUGUUUUGGUGCUGCUAACAGUAGAGAGCAAAAAUCGCGUGAUUAAUCCGGCGAACCCAAAUGGGAAAGUGUGUGUGUAUGCCGUAAUAGUAAGAAGAUAUUUUUAGCCUGAUUUUUUGCAAUUUCAAAGUUGAUUCUUGUUUGCGAAUUGUGCUGAUUGAUUUCGAUUGCAAUAUGAUUGGCAAGCAGCUCGAAUCGUGAAACUGUCAUCAUAAGUGCAAAAUAAAAGGUGUGCGAUUGUUGAAUAGUGCAGUGACAAAAUAGCGAAAGUCGGCAUCGGUAGAUAAAAAAUAUCUCAAGUUGCUUAAUUCAAGUGUUUUAUGAAGGAGAAGCAACGUAGGAACAAAAUAUUUUUUUUUGUGAGCAAGCGAAAGCAAGAAAAUCGUACGAUUCUCUUGCCACAUAAACACACAUUUUUGCGAGAUUCUUUCUCGCUCGCUCUUUCGUGAUAUCACCGAAGUGAAAAGAGAGAGACGGUAGUUUUGACGGAACUUUUGCCAUUGUUUACAGUCGAUAUCGGUUUGAAUUCCGACAAAACCAACGAUAGUCGCUUGUGCACCGUGAAUGCCUACCAGUCAAGGUUACCGGAAGGUAGCGACGGAACCGGUCGAUCCGGAACCAGCAUUAAACGAAACACGUAUCGCUACAGGCUCCGAAGAAAUGCCCAACUCACAGCAGACCGUAACCGGAAAUCCAGCCGGGAAGAUACCAACCACAAACUCCCAGCAGCGACUAGUGCAGGCCGAUUCCGACAGUGUCACGUCCUCACUGGACGAGACGGAUCCGGAGGGCCCACCGAAUCCCAAACAGCAUCACCGACAUCAUCACCAACAUCACGAAAGUAACACCACGGUUGAUGACGAUGGAUCGGAAACGAUUCCCAGCGGGAUUAGUUCCGUGUCCAGGACGGCAUGGUUCACGGUCGUGGUGCUGUGUUUCGUCAACCUUAUCAAUUACAUGGAUCGGUUUACGAUUGCCGGAGUACUGACAGACAUCCAGUUUCACUUCAAAAUCGGCGAUGACGAAGGCGGUCUGCUGCAGACGGCAUUCGUGCUGUCCUACAUGGUGUUCGCACCGGUAUUCGGCUACCUGGGCGAUCGUUACUCGCGCAAAUGGAUCAUGGCGCUCGGUGUGUUUCUGUGGAGUACGACGACCCUGCUGGGUUCAUUCAUGAACCACUUCGGAUGGUUCAUCACGUUCCGGGCACUGGUCGGCAUUGGGGAGGCGUCCUACAGCACCAUCGCACCGACCAUCAUUUCCGAUCUGUUCGUGGGCGAUAUGCGAUCCAAGAUGUUGGCACUGUUCUACUUUGCCAUCCCGGUGGGGUCCGGAUUUGGCUACAUCGUCGGUUCGGAAACGGCUAAACUGUUCGGCUCAUGGCAGUGGGCUCUACGUGUGACACCCGUGCUGGGAGUGGUGGCCGUUGUUUUGAUUGCCAUGCUCAGGGAUCCGGAGCGCGGUCAAAGUGAAGGAACGCACCACAUGGAGGCAACCUCGUACCGGGAAGAUAUCAAAGACAUCGUACGGAAUCCGUCAUUCAUGUUGUCGACUGCCGGUUUUACCUGUGUGGCGUUCGUAGCCGGUGCCUUGGCUUGGUGGGGACCGAAAUUCAUCUAUCUAGGACUGGUGUCCCAGCCUGGCAACGAAAGUAUGUCUUUGAAUGACGUUUCAUAUAGGUUCGGUAUAGUAGCGAUGGUGGCGGGACUGAUCGGUGUCCCGUUCGGGUCUUAUCUUGCCCGUCAACUUCGUCCGCAGUAUCCCUCCUGUGAUCCGUUGAUCUGUGCCUGUGGUUUAUUCUGCAGCUCGCCGCUCAUCUUUCUUUCGUUAGUGUUGGCCAGAUUCAGUAACGGCUGGUGUUUUUUCAUGGUAUUUUUCGCCGAACUAUCGUUGAAUCUGACCUGGUCGAUUGUGGCCGACAUCCUGCUGUAUGUUGUCGUGCCAACGCGUCGAUCCACGGCAGAAGCUUUCCAGAUUCUGAUCUCACACGCCUUCGGUGAUGCCGGCAGUCCGUACUUUGUUGGAGUGAUAUCCGAAGCAAUCAAGCGAUUGCUGCGAGUUUCCGCUAAUGGCCUGUCAGCGGUGUUCCCGUCCGAUCUGAGCAGUUAUUCGCAGAUGGCAGAGAAUGUCACAUCAGUCGAACUUUCACCUUCGAUGGCACCCGUCGUAAGCCACAACGUCCGCGAUGGCGAUCUUCCGGCGGUUGAAUUUCGCGCCCUUCAGUAUGCCCUGUUUUCUACGAGUUUCGUGGAAAUCAUCGGCGGAGUAUUCUUCCUUCUGACAGCUAUGUAUAUCAUUCGGGACCGACGAAACACCGAACGAAUUGUCUCAGGUUGUGAACUGGAACUCAGCGAAAGCUCGUCCGGUUCGGAAACGCUAGAACCCAACUCGAAUCAGACGCACUCUCACCGCGCUCAUGACCAUUAUCGCCACAAGUCUCAUCACAAUCGUGCUGGCAGUGCUCGACGGCAACUGCCGGAUGCAGCCUGCUCAUCCUAACAGUCACAGCAGAUUGAGAUCAUUUAAUUGGUAGUGUCGUUUGGAUCCUAAAUAUGCAGCGACUCACCGGAUCCAAUACGAAAGAUUAUUCAUGUUUCAUUGUGUUCAUCUAAAGCCCACGCAUUGGUACAAGUAUACCGGCGCGAUCAGGCGAUUAGAAAAUCAAGCUGCAAGUACGACGCAUCGUUUAGAGGGUUCCACUUCCAGUUCCUCCGUAUCGGAAUAGUAACAGCAGUAGCAAUAGUUGUUAGUCAUGAACAACACACAUCAGGUUUAGUUAAAUUCAUUUGAGGAUACGAACAAAAAUAAUAGAAAACUGUAACUCGAUCCGAAUGAACUGAUGCCCGGGUGGACCGUAUUCUUACGCGAUUUUGACGGUGCAAUGCAUGGUAGUUUGAGCAACUAUAACAACCAAUAGAGUUAAGAAUCUGUGUCAGCAUCCUAAACCUGAUUGAACCAUUGCAAUCAUUCAAUCUUCGUUGAUGUAAAUAAGUACACUGCUGGGAUUGUAUUUGUAAAUAAGGUAUCGUAAAACCGCUCCAGCUCAUAUUUGUCCAGAGAUUAGGUCAAUAUUUUCUUUGGUUUCAGUUAGCCAGAAUAGUUUUAGUUAGGAAAAAGUUGAGAUGGACUGAUGAUAGAUUUAAUGUAAAGUUAAUAAGUGUUUUUGGUAUAAAUUAUAUCUUUGAUUCAAAAUUUUUAGUGGCAACUAAUUGCUAGUAACAAAAGUUAGGGCUCUGUUCGAAACAGUUUUGGCGAAUGUGCGACGAUAAAACCAUUUUUAUAGGAACAAGUUUAUAGAAAUUGUGUCUCAUAUACACAAAUAAUUCAAACUCUUGGCAAAAUCGCUUGAUGGUUUCCUUCUUUUUUUUUUUGGUUUGAUAUUUGAAUGAAAGCGAAAACAGAACUGAAAAAGUCACAGUUUAAUAUAGCGCUAGAUAUUUAUUGAUAGUGUUCUAGUUUAGGUAGUACGGCGGUAUGCGUCAUCAUAAUUAGUGGCAUUGUUAAAUGUCAACAAAACAAUCACAAAAUUAAUACACAAUUAUUGAACAUUUUUA